AAUAUGAAAUUCCCUUGUUUUAAGUUAAGAAUUAAAUGUAAGCCAAAAUACAUAAUAAGGCUUAUGAUGGCUCAUUAACAAGUAUUGUAUGGAUUUACAUGUACUUCAAUAAUUUGGCUGAAUGCUUCAUAGAUACAUAUAACUAUUAAUCUGCUAAAAAGUAAGGCUAGACUACAUUAAAAUUAAAAAGAAACUUGUUUUUUCAAUUAUGAAGGUAAGAAUUAUUUUCUGAUGAGUGCAUAAAAGUCUAACAUUGAUAUCAACCUAAUAUGGAAAACACUACACAUCAUUUGUGAGCAUCAGAUAACAUAUGCAUGGUUACAAGAACUUAUAACGUUAUGUGUAGACAAAAACUAAUGUAAACAACAAAACAUUAGAAGAACACACACAUCACUAGCAGCAAAAACAUUAUUAUUGAGAAAGAAGAUGAAUGCCCCAAGAAAGAACAUGAAUGCCCUAUUGAUGAUCCUAUCAGUUGUACUAGUAUCUACAUUGACUGGAUCUACUAACAAUUACUACAAUGAACCUACUGAUAACAAAGGAUUCAUAGAUUGUUCUGUUGCUAAGAAAUUUGGUCAAAUUAGUAAUAUAUCAAUAACUCCAGUCCCACUAAAACAUGGAAUUAUGAGUUAUUGGAAAGGAUCACUACAAAUCAAGAGAACCAUACAAUGGGGUAUACUGCAUGCCACAUUGACACAUAACUUCAAAAAUUAUACUAAUAUUACUUUCAUUGAUGAGCAAUUUAAUUUAUGCGACUUUUUUGUCGACAUGAUUACGGAGCAUUGUCCAAUACAGCCAGGAAUAUAUCAUAUAGGUGCUAGUGAAACAAUACCAAAGCUCUUUUGGCCAGGUCAGUAUUAUGGCGAAGUAACUGCUUACAAUGAGAAAGGAGAGCAAAUGAUGUGUCUAAUGAAAAAAAUUACUAUUUAUUGAAUAUUAG